UUAAAGUUGUUUCGAAACGAAAUAAUUAAUUAGUGAACUUUACAAGUUACGAACAAAUAUUUUUUUCGUGUAGGUUAGUAAUGUAUCCCACGUAAUGUGAGGCCCCCCAAAGCUGUGGUAAACACGACAAUGAACAAAGUUGUUUUGUGCGGCAGAGAAGUCAGCGGGCGAGUUCAUUGCCAGCCGAAGGGGGGCAAACUAAUCGGCCUUCAGAAUUCCCUGAAACGUAAUAAUGGUCACGACCUUCACAACUCGUACGGCGUGAGAAGAGAAACGACUGCAUACUCGUAACACAUUAUUAGGGGAAAGAAGGAACCUCUCCACCAUGGAUUUUCCAAAGGCCGUCUUAUUGUUGCUGGUGAACGCCGUGUUGCACAGCGGAGCACAACAAUGUCUGUCACGCCCGUGCGGUAAGCUGGCGUGUCUGGACGCAUGCGCAAUCAGCUCACAGGAAGACUGCGUUGGCGCAGGCGCAGAGGAAUACCUUUAUCCAGGGCUGGUGUGCGAGUGCUGUGGUGCAUGCGUCAUCAGAUCUGUUGAAAAGGGAGGCCCUUGUUCCACGAGGAUCCUCGACUCCCACGUUGCGGGCUGUGCGAGAGGUCUCUGCUGUUCUACGGAGGGAAUCUGUGUCGAGAAAACCACGACGUUCGGAGCUUAGCAACGCGAACUGAAAAACAAAUAUGCCGCCAUUUUCUAAUUUACACAAAUUUGUUGAAAUAAAGUGGGACUGAUGCAGA